AUGGCGGACGACGUUGCGCCGAACGGAUCGGCAAACGACGCACCACUCCAGCUUCCAAACGAGCACCAGCUCCUCGCGACGAUAGAGCAGCUGCAGAGCAAGAAGCUGGAAGCGGAGAACGACUGCGAGCUCUUCCGCGACCUGUAUGGCAAGGCGUCCGCGCAUGCUGUCGAGGUCACAAGGGAGAACAACGAGCUGCACGAGCGGAUCGCGCUCGCCGAGAGCCAACUGCGUGAUGGGCUCGCGAUGCUGCGGGGCACGUAUGAGCAACGCGUACAGAAGUUGCAAGCGGAGGCGGACCGGUGGCGCGUCCUGUGUAUGGUGCUCAUGGAGAAGGAUCGGCGGACGGACGAGGAGGUGCGCAGGAGGGCGGCCCUCGAACCAGAGCUCAGCGAGCAAAAUCGAGUGCUCAGGGAGGAACUGGAAAAACUUGGCCGGGACUAUGGCGAUGCGCAACGGCUGCUGGGGCAUUUGACCGAGCAGGACCAGAAGGAUUUGGAGAUGGUCGGACGUGAAGACCUCCCGGUGGCUGUUUCUACUCCGAUAUCUGCGUAA